AUGGCAAGCAAAAAGCGAGAAGUUCAGUUACAGAUAGUCAUCAAUAGUCAGAGCCUGUGGGAUGAGAUGCUACAGAACAAAGGAUUGACAGUGAUCGAUGUUUACCAAGCCUGGUGUGGACCUUGCAAAGCAAUGCAAACAUUGUUCCGAAAAUUGAAAAAUGAACUGAAUGAAGAGGAAAUUCUGCACUUUGUUGUUGCAGAAGCUGACAGCAUUGCAACUUUGCAGCCAUUUAGAGAUAAAUGUGAACCUGUUUUUCUCUUUAGUCUUUAUGGAAAAAUAAUUGCAAAAAUUCAAGGUGCGAAUGCACCACUUGUUAGUAAAAAAAUUAUUAGCUUGAUCAAUGAUGAGAGGAAAAUUGCAGCAGGUGAAAUGGCUCGCCCUCAGUAUCAUGAAAUUCCACUCAUAGACUCAGAUACAGAAGAGGUCGAGCAAGUCCACGCUAAAACUGUUGAGGAUCUAUACACUAUUGUUAUAAUCAAACCUGAUGCUGUGAUUAGUAGAAAAGCUUUACAAAUUAAAGAAACAAUUACCAAUGCCGGAUUCGUCAUAGAAGCACAGGAUAAGACCGUACUCACUGAAGAACAAGUUAGAAACUUUUAUAGUCAAAUGGCAGAUCAGCCUGACUUUGAGGAGUUUGUGUCUUUCAUGACAAAUGGCCUAAGCUGGGUGCUAGUUGUAUCUCAAGGACAUGAGCCACCUGUUUCCUGGGAAGAAAGUGAGCCUCAGCUUGAGACUGAAUUGAAAGACACAUCUGAAAGUUCACCGGAGGCUGAUGUGAAGUCCACAACGGCAGUGACAAAGAAGCAGCAGAACAGUUUACAAGAAUAUCUGGUAAAACAAAACAUAUCGCAGUUUUGUGAUGUUGAAGAGAAUGUAACCAGUUCUACUAACUUAAUUGAUAUAUUCUUCCCUGAUUUUAAAAUAAUGAAAAGCAUGAAAUUGGAAAGGACACUGGCAUUACUUCGACCAAAUCUCUUUCAACAAAGGAAAGAUGAUGUUUUGAGUAUUAUUAAAGAUGAAGGCUUUAAAAUAUUGAUGGAAAGGCAAAUAGUACUAUCAGAAAGAGAAGCACAAACACUGUGCAAGGGAUAUGAAAAUGAAGAAUAUUUUGAACAACUUAUAGAAUACAUGACCAGUGGUCCAUCUCUUGCCCUAGUUUUACUGAGAGACAAUGGUUUGCAAUACUGGAAACAGUUACUGGGUCCAAAAACUGUUGAAGAAGCCAAUGAAUAUUAUCCUGACAGUUUAUGUGCACAGUUUGCAAUGGGAAGUUUGCCCAUCAACCAGUUGUAUGGAAGUGACUCAACAGAAAUGGCUGAAAGGGAAAUAGAGUAUUUCUUUCCUAUACAAAGUACUUUAGCAUUGAUUAAACCUCAUAUAACGCGUGAACAAAGAGGGGAGAUCCUGAAGAUUAUUAAGGAGGCUGGAUUUGUUUUGACCCAGAUGAAGGAAAUGCUCCUAACUCCAGAGUAUGCUGGCAAAAUCUAUUUCAAAAUAACAGGAAAAGACUUUUAUAAAGAUGUUUUGGAAGCAUUGACUGAGGGCCCAUGUCUGGUCAUGGUUUUGACCAAGUGGAAUGCUAUUGUGGACUGGAGACGAUUGAUGGGUCCAACAGACCCAGAGGAAGCCACAUUACUGUCCCCGAACUCCAUCCGAGCCCAGUUUGGAAUAAGCAAGCUGAAAAAUGCUGUCCAUGGAUCAUCUAAUGAUUCUGAGGCAAUAGAGAGCAUUAAUGGGAUGUUUGGAGAGUUGGUUCCUUAG